CCAAGACAACAAACAGAAGCGAAAGCGAGAGGGGCUCGUUCAGGUUGUUCAUCGACAACAAGGGAAGCACGAUGAUCUCUCGGCGUCGUCAUGGCCUCUGCAUUGGGAUCAUUGCCACGCUGCUGCUGCUGUUCCUGCUCGGCUGCAGCGCUGCGAGGACCGUCAACUCCGUCUCGGCGUUCGUUCAGAAUGCUGUCUACUCCAACAAGAUCACCAUCUUCUCCAAAUCAUAUUGCCCGUACUCUGUUCGCGCCAAGCGUGUUUUUGCUGAACUGCAUGAGAGACCAUUCAUUGUGGAAUUAGAUCAACGAGAUGAUGGUCAUGAAAUACAAAGUGUUCUUCUUGAUCUAGUGGGCAAACGUACAGUGCCACAAGUUUUUGUUAAUGGACAGCAUGUCGGAGGCUCAGAUGAUACGCUGAAAGCUAUGGCGAACGGGCAGCUUCACAAAAUUCUUGGCAGAAAUUAACAAUCACUCUUCUAAAGAGAAGAUCUAUCACUAAAUUUGAUGAAUUUGUGGUGCAAACAGCCAUGAUUUUUAGUAAAUUUUAUUAUAAGGUAGCUAAGCAUGAUUCUUUGUUUUCAUGUACAUUGUUGAUGAACAAUUUAUGCUUUACAUGCCAAGCAUUAAUGUAACUAAACAUGCUAAGGUUGUAUGUUGUUAGUCUCUUUGUUGCAUCAAUUAAAAAGGACAUUUAAAUUUAAGGGUUAUUUCUCA